AGCAGAAAAGAAGCUCGACGCGCUUCCACUCUCCCCAGAGAAAGAGAGAAAGAGAGAAAUGAGGUUCAGCUUUGAGUUAGCGGAAUCGAACCAGGACGAUUCUCGAAGGUCCUUAACACCUAAAGAAGGAGUCCAGUGGGUCCCGCUUCAAAAUCACCCGGUGUUCACGUCCGCCGUCGGAAGCGGAGCAACCGCAACCGCUUCUGCGUCAGUUCGAGCUGUUAAAAACCUUUUAGCUUGGGACGGAGCCUCGAGACUCUAUUAUUGGGAUUCCAACAAGCAAUGCCUCCAUCGAAUCUCCAUUCGCUUGGGAGAGCCCGAGCCUACCUCCAUCGUCGCCGCCUCUCCUUCUAAAGUACUGCAAGCAGAUGUGGAGCUGAAUUUUGUGGUUAAUAAAAUCUCCAUCAAUAGGAAUGGAUCAGCUUUACUCCUAGCUGGUUCAGAUGAUUUAUGUGUCAUGUACCUUUAUGGACGUACUUCUUCUAAAGACAACAGUAUCAUUUGCAGGACUGUUUCAAUCGGUUCACAAAUUUAUUCAAAUGAAAGCAGUGCAAUUCGCAUCCUACAAGUGUCAUGGCAUCCCUACAGUGACAUCCAUGUUGGAAUUCUCUCGUCUGAUUCAGUUUUCAGGCUCUUUGAUUUAUCAUCUGGUGUGAUGCAACCAGAACAAGAGUAUUAUCUGCAGCCUGUUGAACCUGGUAGAUCUAGGAAUGCUGCAUCAAUCUGUCCUGUUGACUUUUCUUUCGGGGGAGACCACCUAUGGGACAGGUUUAGUGUCUUUGUAUUAUUCAGCGAUGGAUCAGUUUACAUCCUUUGCCCAGUUGUUCCAUUUGGAAGUGUUUAUAAAUGGGAGUCAAUAUUGGAGAUGUAUGGUGAUGCUCAUACUUUUGGACUGAAGUCAGCCAAUUCUGUGGCUGUUAAUAAUUCUAAUCUGGCAAUCUCUUGGUUAGAAGCAACUUUUCCUGAGCUAGCUCAACAAGGAACAGAUGGGGAAAAUCCAUCUACCAUAAAAGCUCGUUCACAUGCUUUAUUUGAUGCAUCACUUGCUCUGCAGGGGCCGUUACGUAAAGUAUGUCGUGAUGGGGAGGAUGAAGCUCUGGCAGUUAGAGGUGCAGAAUGUGAAGGCCGUGCAGUCAGUUUUCUCUAUAAUCUAGUCAGCAAAGACUCAAUUCUGGUGACUGCCUGGAGUGGUGGGCAAUUGCAAAUAGAUGCCCUAGCUGAUGAAAUCCAGCCAGUCUGGAUUACUGGUAGUGCACCUCGUCUUCGUGUUGAUUCCCAUGAUCAUGUUCUUGGGAUCGCUAUGAUCUGUGAACCAAACCCUGCUGAGCUUUCUAUUGUGAAGCUUGAUCAACCACUUGAUAACAGUGUUUGGUUAGGGCAUCUACCUCCCUUGUUGAGACUGGCAAUAGUGGAUUUGGCUUUGCCAAGGAAGAUAGAAAGCAGUUAUCUUAUCACAAUGUAUGUUGAUCCCCUUAUGCCUGAAAGAAUAUAUUCUCUUCACGAGGGAGGGGUAGAUUCGAUAGUGUUGCAUUUUCUUCCUUUUACAUCUCAGAUCAAUGGGAAGGAUGAGAGUAUCAAAACUCCCUCUGUGCAUCCUGUACUGUGUACAUGCCAGGGUGAAACAUCUUCACCUUCUCCUCUAUAUGGCUUUGUGUCACUGUCAGAUUCAUUUGGAUACUCAUGGGUUGUGGUAGUCACUUCCACUCAAGAAUGUGUUGUGCUAGAGAUGAAAACUUGGAAUUUGUUGCUUCCCAUUCAAGUUGAUAAAGAGAAGCCCAUUAGCUUGGAAGAGCAGAAAGAGAAAGAUACUCCAAAUAUCAUAAGCAAAGAACUCCUUGGUGGUCCUAAGUCAGUUCUGGCUCCUCAGGCCUCACCUAAUCUGCGUUCUGUUUCUGCAGAUUCUAUUGAAGGUCGAUCUGCUCUUCAUCAGUACUUCAAGCUUUUCCAUGAAAAUUAUGUUGAAUAUGCACAUAAGGUGUACUUUGAGCUGAAACAUCAUGGCCCUCAGCUAAAGAGAAUCAUAGAUGACCAGCAUGCUCGUUUGAAUGAGGCACAACAGAAGAUUUUGAAUGUCGAAACAAAACAAUCUAUGCUGGAGGAGAGGAUUGAUUGUGCAGUCCGGCUACAGAAUUCUUUGGAGCAGCGUUUGCAACAUCUGAGAAGCCUGCCUGGGGCACACAAGAAACCAUUGUCUAGAGCAGAGCGAGAAUUUAAGUCUGAACUUGAUCAAUUUACUGGAGUUGAACUGGAUGCUUUGCAAGCAUCCAUUAAUACUUUAAGAGGGAGGCUUAGAAGGUAUACACAAUCUUCAAAGGACAACCUAGCAAAUCAACGAAGGAAAAUGCCCGGUAGGAACCAUAUGCAGGAUGCUCAAAUCUCUCAACUGAAAUCUUCACUUGCAAAACUCUCACUAGUCAAUAGCGAGAGUUCAAAAAAGGUUAAACUCGUUGAAUCUGCAUUAAAGGGCAAGGAAAGCAGCAUAAACAAAACAAUCUCCUCAUGAACGAGUAGUCAACAAACUGGAGUUGUGUCAGCUUUUUGCCUGUGGCGUUGGAUACAUUUAAUUGCUCCCGGAGCUCUCUUCCUCCUCAAGGCAGGAUUAUUUGUUUGGUUAAGUUCCAAUAUAAACCCCAAGACUGAAGUUGCCACCAUUCCUUAGUCAAGCUUCCCAGUAACUUUUUAGGUCCAUACAAUUGUUUCCUUGUUCAUUGUUGUCAAGAAAAAUAAAGCAAAAAGGUGGGUUCCUUUUCUUCUCUGAAAGGAAGAAAGUAGAACAGAUUGAAAGGCUCGAGAAACUUGAAAAAAGGGGGCAGCCCACUAAGAAUCAAAUCAGGAGACAGGUAUAAUGAAUAUAUUAAACUUAUUGUUUGAUGAUAUUUGAUAAACAAUUCCAGGGUCUUUUCCUUUUGUAGCUUCAGCCCGUUGAUGAAAAUUGAGUGCUCUCUUUACUUA